AUGGAGGAGCGACACAGUGGGGUGAAGGGGGCACGGCGGGGUGAAGGGGAAGAGCACAGUGGGGUGAAGGGGGCACGGCGGGGUGAAGGGGAAGAGCACAGUGGGGUGAAGGGGACACAGCAGGGUGAAGGGGACACAGCAGGCAAUGUGAAGGGGCACAGCAAUGUGAAGGGGCACAGCAAUGUGAAGGGGCACAGCAAUGUGAAGGGGCACAGCAAUGUGAAGGGGCACAGCAAUGUGAAGGGGCACAGCAAUGUGAAGGGGCACAGCAAUGUGAAGGGGCACAGCAAUGUGAAGGGGCACAGCAAUGUGAAGGGGCACAGCAAUGUGAAGGGGCACAGCAAUGUGAAGGGGCACAGCAAUGUGAAGGGGCACAGCAAUGUGAAGGGGCACAGCAAUGUGAAGGGGCACAGCAAUGUGAAGGGGCACAGCAAUGUGAAGGGGCACAGCAAUGUGAAGGGGCACAGCAAUGUGAAGGGGCACAGCAAUGUGAAGGGGCACAGCAAUGUGAAGGGGCACAGCAAUGUGAAGGGGCACAGCAAUGUGAAGGGGCACAGCAAUGUGAAGGGGCACAGCAAUGUGAAGGGGCACAGCAAUGUGAAGGGGCACAGCAAUGUGAAGGGGCACAGCAUGCAUAUCCCGUACCACAUAGCACUCACCGCAUGA